AUGGUGAAACUUCCGCUCCCACUACCUAAUCUUCGCAACUCCCCAAUGGACAAGAUUUGUUACGAUGUGAAGUUGGAAAUCUUGGAACUUGGAAAAAAAUUUUGUUGUCAAAGGAGAAUGGGGGAACUUCCAUUUGAGAUGCCCGAUAUUCGUAAUUUCCCGAUGGAAAAGCUUUGUUACGAUUUGAAGUUGGAAAUCUUGGAACUAGCAUUUACCUAUUUAAUCCAAAUAAAUUUUGCGAAAGUGACCAAU